AUGGCUCGUACCAAACAAACGCACCCCAGGGCGCAGCCGUCGACGACAGAGAAGAGAAAAGCGCCGCCCGCUGAUGCAGCAGCCGGCACUCCCACCCGCUCUACACGGAAAGGUGCCAAAAAAGUCAACCCCGAGGAAGUCGCAGCGCUUCAAAAGGCCUUGAAGGAAGCUGAGGAGAAGCUUGAGCAAGCUCAGGAGGCGCGGAACAAGAUUGCCGCGAAGUUGGAGGCGCUUGGCCAGGUUGUUGUAGUCAAGCCCUGGACGGUCGAUCAUUUGGAAACUGAUUGGGCGUCGAGCUUGGACGAUUUCCGACAGACCUACGGUGAAUUUGGCGAGUACGAGGACGAGCUCGACGACGACGAUGACGCUAAAAGGUGGAUCAUCCGACUCCUGAAGAUGCACGAUGCAAUCCAAGGAGAAUUCCCUUCCGAUGGGACUGGUUACAUUGACGAAGAUGGUCAAUGGGUAGACUUCGAAGCGACAGACCAAGACCUGGAGGAGUUUGAAUGGGUCGAUGCUGACCCGCUCUGGUGA